AUGUCUUUCUUCGAUCGUCAGCCAGCUUUAUUCGACUCCAAAAAACGUUUGGGCAACACGGGUUCGUCGUCUGGACUAAACGGAAAUGGAAAUGGUGCUCCCUCAAUCUCGUCAGUCUUCGGUCCUCCACUACAACAACAAGGCUCUAACGAUGAGAUUGACAGUCAAGCAGGUACUUAUAUUUCUAUUGUUUAACUUUAUAUUUAAUUUGACAAACAUUAUAAUAUUUAUGAAAAAAUGAUUUGUGAACGAAAUUAACACUCUAUAAGUAUGAUAGUUUAUUUUCGUUGCAUAUAUUAUUUUUGAAAACUGUUAUCACAAUAUAAAAAAAGCAAUUUUAGAAUCAUGGGUGGAAUUGGCACCUUCCAGAGCUUCAAUGUGUAGCAGUGUUGAAGCCAUAAUGGUAGAUCGAGAUGGAGCUGAACAAAGUGGUGCUAAACUAUCUAGAGCAAGGUAAUUUAUUAACUAGUUUAUGAACUAAUUUUAUAAUCAUGAACAUUUUUAGCUAAUUAUGAUUAAUCCUAUUUUUUAAAUGAUCUUUAUCAUAAACUUUUCUUCUUUAGUCCGGUCAGUUUCCAAAGUCCGCACGUUGAAUUUGAAACGAAUCUGGAGCAAGUCAAGAACAAACUAGUCAAAGACAUGCUGCCCCCGGGCAAGAACACUGACUGGAUCUGGGAUUGGUCGUCGAGGCCCGAGACUCUGUUCGCUCAGAGGAACAUCAGGAACCGAGGGAACGGUGAAUCUACACUCACGACUCCACCGAAUUCGCCGGAACCAAGUGAAUACGACUUCAACGGAAAGAAGCCGUGGUCGUUGUGGCGUUUCGAAGUCAUCUUUGGUCUAGUCGUCUCGAACCUGAUGACAUUCGUGCUGGGAGCGACUGUUGGGUGAGUACAUUUUGAGUUACUGUGCAGUAAAACUUAUUACAACGCAUGUCUUGUUGGGAGCAAAUAAACAUUGCUACAAUGUUACAGUGUUUUAGAAUGUUACCGAUGAUUAUGUUGGUAUUAACGGAAGAAUAUUUUAGGUUUUGCAUCUGUAAAAAGCUGGCCAAGACUCGUGACUCAUUUUACUAA